UGCAACAGUUACGGCGUGGUCGGUAAAUGAUAGCGGUAGUUUCUGUCUAUCCGGAGAUCAGUGCAGGAAUCUCAUUCAAGAGGCCAAUCUUCACCACGGACGAGCGAUACACUGCUCGAGAAACUGUUAGCAGGGACUCGAAUACAAGCCAAACCAAAGUUGAACGACUCUUCUCUACCUGUUCCCCGCCUUGCGCCGAAGAAUAGCGUCUAUUCACCAUGCCGUCGAUCACUGCCAUUGAAGAAUACAUCGGGCUGAUCAAGACCGAUGCAUCGAAAACUCUGGGGGUUAAAAUCGGGGACAAGGAGAUCACCCCUGGCGAUUACCUCCCAAAGCUAGAAGCAGCAGCUACUCCAACUCUCUCUUUUGCUGUCAGCGAUACCAUUGCCAAACAUGUGGUUAUCUGUGUCGACCUCGAUGGCCCUUUUCCCAGUUUCAAUUUCCUCUCUCCCAUCCUUCACUGGAUUCAGUCAGAUCUGCAGACCUCGUCCCUGACGACCAACCAGCCAUCCAUCGCCAACUAUGUCGGUCCAGGACCUCCACCCGGUAGUGGACCACAUCGAUAUGUGUUUCUCCUCUACAAGCAGCCAUCGGAGUUUCGGCUAGACCAGUAUGUUCCAUCAGGUGGAAAGGAGUUUGGAAUUAUGGCACGAAUGCGAUACGAUUUAAGUGCCUUUGAGGAAAUGGCCAGGUUGGGAAAGCCUAUCGCAGUCAACUACUUUACUAGUAAUUAGUAUGCAGGAUGAGCACCCUUCGUUCGGCAUCAAUGGAAUCUCCUUGGCUAUCUA